AUGGAUUUAAUUUACAGACUUCUUCCGACCAUCAACCAAUACGCUUGGGGCAAAAGUCGUGAGGAAUCUCUCGUUUACAAGUUAUUCGAGAAGAAUUUAAAACUCCUUUCUGGUAGUGGAAAGGUUGUUAACUCCGAUGGCCCGUUUUCUGAGUUUUGGUUUGGUGCACACCAGUCCAGUCCUUCCUCCGUCCUUCCAUACGACAUUACGGAAAUCACGUUAAUAUCUGAGGACGGAAGCCACAAAAAUGUGGAAUAUUCCGCUUCCUUCGAUCGAUCGAGGGAGCCGAUGUCCCUUUCAAAGCUCAUUUCACGUCUGUACCAUAACAUUCUGGGCAUUAAGGACAAGGAGCUGAAGAUUUUGUUCAAGGUACUGUCGAUUCAGAAGCCACUGAGUCUUCAGAUGCAUCCGGAUAGAGAAAGUGCACUUCAGCUUUUCAAUGAUAAACACCACGGCAUUGUUGAUUCUUCGUCUAAGCCCGAGAUGUGUCUUCCCCUAACCAUGUUUAGGGCCCUUUGUGGCUUUAGAGAUGAAUCUGAGAUUCUGGAUCUUGCUCGGAAGUACCCUGAGUUCGGCGAGUGCAUCGACUUCCCGAGCCUUCCUUCUGACAAGUCCAGUUCGUUUUAUGUCAGUUUACUCAGGAAACUUUUCUUUCGCUCUGAUCUUUCUGAUUUGGUCUCUCGCCUGGCCCAGAGGCUUAAGGAUUUGGGUUCGAAUGAGCUGGUUGAGGAGUUUUUCCUCAUUUUGUACGAUAAUUAUGGCUCCAUUUCCUCAGUUUUAUUCCCCUUUGUUCUCAAUUGUUUUGAGCUGCAUCCCGGUGAGGCUCUCUUUGUGCCACCUAACACUCUACACUCGUACAUCUCAGGCGACUGCAUUGAGAUAAUGAAGAACUCCGAUAACGUUAUUCGGUGUGGACUCACUCCCAAGUUCAAGGACCUUGACCUUUGCCUGGCGCUCUUAGAAAAGAAGUUUAAGAGGGCCAGGCCGGAGGACUACCGCGUUAACCCCUCCAGGUUAACCGCCUUUAGUCUCAGGUACUCCCCUGAGGACCCUUGCUGCAACUUCCUUUUGCUUUCAGUCACCGUUGGCCCUGGACAGAAGGAGAAGCUCACUCUUCCUAAUAACGCUUACCUUUGCAUUGUCUUGGAGUCUAACCCGAAAGUAAGCUUAAAGCUGUCGAUGUCUCCUUCUGAUAAAGAAGACGCCACCAAGAACGGCUCACACUCGAUUUACCACGUCCUCAGAGUCGUUUCUGGCGACUGCCUGCUCAUUGUGCCUAACACUGAACUUCACAUUCACAACGACCACGAGGCUCAUCAACUCACCAUGUAUUUAUCGUCAGAAAAGUAA